AUGCUAGAGUUCAGAUCUCCAAGGCUGACGCCGAUUCAGAAGAAAGAAACCCUAAAUUCUCUUUUGUUUGGGAAACUACUCGUGUCUGCAGCUUGUAUUCUCUAUUCCUUAUCACUUGAUGAGCAACGAUAUCAGAAAGCGAUAUUGAACGAUGAGCACGGUGACCAGGCCUUCCUCUUCAGGGACAACCUCUGUCAUCUUAGAAAACCCUGUUCCUCAGUCACAACCGACGGAAAGAUUAGUGCUUCGGUUGAACAGGAAGAAGAAGAACGUUUCAUGGAAAGACGGGACGUAUACAUUGGUGAGGUUCUUAAGAACCGCGGAGGUUUUCUGAUUCUCAUCCCCAUCGGCCUUGUCGCUCUGCCGGCGACAUCAGCCAUGUUCAUCUCUCUUAUCAAAAACGGAUGCAACAGCAACUCCGAAGCACUUCCCCUGUCUUUAGGUUUUAUUGCGAAACACUUCUCCAGAAACUGCGUUGCAUCCAACGGCACCGUCUCUGGAAUCUCCGGUGCGUUUCCGUCGGCUAAAAGCCCUUGA